GCACCGCGUCACUGUGAGUCCGCACACUGGACUCAUCACAACACACCGUCUGUCCAGCAGUUUUACUAAGAACAGGAACCAGCUCGUGACUGUUUGGACUGUUUCAGGUGUGAAUUUAGUAUUUUUUUUAGUUGCUCCUUUGAUUGUCAGCACGUUUUUUUGGGGGGGGGGGGGGGGGGACAUUUCACCCUUUUUUUAUGAGCCUCGGAGAGGUCCGAAUGAAUCCGUGCGUAAAGCUGCUGACCAACGUGCCAAAAAACUGAUUGACAUUUGCGACGUUUUGCGCAAUAAAACCACAAACUUGAUAGCAGCUCACCUGCACGCGUUUCCUGCUGCUGAGGAUGUCAGUCAGAUGAGCGCCGAGCUGCUGUUCAGGUGGCUUUAACGCUCCGCGGGAGGAGAUGUGACCAUGUCCUUUACGCACCGGCUCGCUCUGUUCCUGCUCGGCUUCACCUUCAUCCACACGGUUAAUGGAAAGUUUCCUCACUGCCAGUUCCACUGGGAGAUGCAGCAAGCCAGGAGAGACUGUCAGACACAACUGCAGCAACAGACGCCUGCUAGCACAGGAUGUCGCGGCGAGUGGGAAAGUGUGUCUUGUUGGCAGAGCGCGGCGGUCAACGAGACGGUGACCCUCCCCUGCCCCUCCUCCCUCCUGCACCUGUUUGGAAAAAACGGUGUCCUCAGCAGGAACUGCACAGAGAACGGUUGGUCUGACGUCUACCCCGCCAUCACCAUCGCCUGCUGGUCGAACAACACAGAUGAACCCAGUGAGGUGAGUUCAGCGUCUGUAUGUCACCUUCUGUAUGAAGUUAUGUUUGUACUGAUGAUUGGUGACCUGGAAAGGAUAAGGUUUGUGUUCUGAUCUGAGCUCUGUGUG